AUGACGUCGCAUGUGAAUGAGAAGCACGAUGCUUCUAUUCACAAAGAGCUGCGCACCGAGAACAUCCAUGCAGAGAAGGCCUCGACUUCCUCGGGCGAGCUGGAAGCGCAACACGUUGAGCUUGACGAAGCGGAAGCAAACCGUGUGUUACGCAAGGUUGACUACCGGCUCGUUCCAAUGCUCUCAUUGCUCUAUCUUGUCGCCUUCAUCGACAGAUCGAACAUCGGCAACGCCAAAAUUGCGGGCAUGGAAGGCGACCUGAACAUGCGAGGUCUGCAAUACAACACCGCCGUCACCCUGUUCUUCGUACCGUACACGCUGCUCGAAAUUCCGUCCAACAUUAUCCUCAAGAUCAUGAAGCCGUCUCACUGGAUGGCGAUCCUGAUGUUUUCGUGGGGUCUCGUCAUGACACUCAUGGGUCUCGUUUCGAGUUAUGGCGGACUGCUUGCCGGCCGCUUUUUUCUUGGUGUGACCGAGUCAGGCUUCUUUCCUGCUGCAACGUUUCUUCUUACAUUGUGGUACCGGCGAUUUGAGCUGCAGCGACGCAUGGCGGUGUUCUAUGUCGCUGCAUCACUAGCUGGCGCUUUCUCUGGCCUGCUCGCCUAUGGUAUCGAGAAACUAGAUGGACGAUCUGGUCUGGCGGGCUGGCAGUGGAUUUUCCUGAUCGAGGGACUCAUCCCAGUCGCUCUUGCUCUGAUCAUCUGGAAGAUCUUGCCCAACAGUCCUGAGACGGCGAGCUUCCUAACCCAGCCAGAGAGGGAUCUGCUGAUUCGCCGACUUCAAGAUGAUUCUGGUAGUGGGCAAGGAAAAGCUACGAACAAUGAUAAAAUGGGCAAGCAGCAUGUUAUUGCGGGUCUUUCCGACUGGAAGGUCUGGGCGGCUGUCGUGAUCUUCUGGGGCAACACUGUUGGUGUUUACGGUUUCACCGCCACAGUCCCUACUGUCAUCAACGGCCUUGGCUACUCCAGUGCAAACGCGCAGCUGCUUACGAUCCCUAUAUAUGUUUUCGCGGCCAUUGUCACUGUCAUAUGGGCCUGGGGUUCGGAUCUGACCCAAAUGCGCUCACCAUGGAUCAUCGGCGGCUACUGCAUUGCGAUCGUUGGGUUCAUCGCGCAACUAGCAAUCCCACACCCGGCAUACCCCGGUGUCACAUAUGGUUUCCUUUUCCCAGUUGCUGCUGGCUUGUACUGCCCCUUCACUUGCCUUGUUUCGUGGGUUGCCAAUUCGCUGGCUCCUAGUUCAAAGCGCGCAGUCGGAAUGGCGCUGCUUAUUUCGGUAGGAAACAUGGGUGGUAUCAUGGGAAGUAACAUCUACCUUGCACGAGAGAAGCCCAAGUACACCACAGGGUUUGCGGCGAGCUUGGCCAUGUGCAUCGCAGCAGUUGCUAUGACAUUCGUCUUGCGCUGGGCGUACGGCAAAGAGAACAUGAAGAGGGACCAGCUCAUCCAAGAGCAUGGCGAGGAGGCGAUCAGAGCCAGAUACACCGACGAAGACCUGCUGAUGCUGGGAGACAAGAGUCCGUUUUUCAGGUACACAUUGUAG